AGAGAUGAGGUCUCGCCAUGUUGCCCAGGCUGGUCUCAAACCCAUGGGCUCAGGCAAUCCCCUCACCUUGACCUCCCAAAGUGCUAGGAUUACAGGGAAAUUAUCGUUUCAUGAAACUCUUACUUACACGCAGAGCAAAUUGGAUGCAAAAGGACCUGGAAGAGAUGACUCCUUUGCAUUUGACUACCCGGCACAAGAGCCCUAAGUGUUUGGCGCUUCUGCUGAAGUUUAUGGCACCAGGAGAAGUGGAUACACAAGAUAAAAACAAGCAAACAGCUCUGCACUGGAGUGCCUACUACAAUAACCCUGAGCAUGUAAAACUGCUUAUCAAGCAUGAUUCCAACAUUGGCAUUCCUGAUGUUGAAGGCAAGAUCCCACUUCACUGGGCAGCCAACCAUAAAGAUGCAAGUGCUGUUCAUACAGUGAAGUGCAUUCUGGAUGCUGCUCCAACGGAGUCUUUACUGAACUGGCAAGACUAUGAGGGUCGAACACCUCUUCACUUCGCAGUUGCUGAUGGGAAUCUGACAGUGGUUGAUGUCUUGACCUCAUAUGAAAGCUGCAAUAUAACAUCUUAUGAUAACUUAUUUCGAACUCCACUUCACUGGGCAGCUUUACUAGGCCAUGCACAAAUUGUCCACCUCCUUUUAGAAAGAAAUAAGUCUGGAACUAUCCCAUCUGAUAGCCAAGGAGCCACACCCUUACACUAUGCAGCUCAGAGUAACUUUGCCGAAACAGUUAAAGUGUUCUUAAAACAUCCUUCAGUGAAAGAUGAUUCAGACCUGGAAGGAAGAACAUCUUUUAUGUGGGCAGCUGGGAAAGGCAGUGAUGAUGUCCUUAGGACUAUGCUGAGCUUAAAAUCUGACAUUGAUAUUAACAUGGCAGACAAAUACGGAGGUACAGCCCUACAUGCCGCUGCCCUUUCUGGUCAUGUCAGCACCGUGAAGUUAUUAUUAGAAAAUAAUGCUCAAGUAGAUGCUACUGAUGUCAUGAAACACACUCCACUUUUCCGAGCCUGUGAGAUGGGACACAAAGAUGUGAUUCAGACACUCAUUAAAGGUGGAGCGAGGGUAGACCUAGUUGAUCAAGAUGGACAUUCUCUUCUACAUUGGGCAGCGCUGGGAGGAAAUGCCGAUGUUUGCCAGAUAUUAAUAGAAAAUAAGAUCAAUCCAAAUGUGCAGGAUUACGCGGGAAGAACCCCUUUGCAGUGUGCUGCAUAUGGAGGAUAUAUCAACUGCAUGGCCGUGCUCAUGGAAAAUAAUGCAGACCCUAACAUUCAAGAUAAAGAGGGAAGAACAGCUUUGCACUGGUCCUGUAACAAUGGAUACCUUGAUGCCAUUAAAUUACUGCUAGACUUUGCUGCUUUUCCUAAUCAGAUGGAAAACAAUGAAGAGAGAUACACACCCCUUGAUUAUGCUUUGCUUGGGGAGCGCCAUGAAGUGAUCCAGUUCAUGUUGGAGCAUGGUGCCCUGUCCAUUGCAGCCAUACAGGACAUUGCUGCCUUCAAAAUCCAAGCUGUCUACAAAGGGUACAAAGUCAGAAAAGCCUUCCGAGACCGGAAAAAUCUCCUUAUGAAGCAUGAACAGUUGAGAAAAGAUGCUGCUGCCAAAAAGCGGGAGGAAGAAAACAAGCGAAAAGAGGCAGAACAGCAGAAAGGAAGACAGAGCCCAGAUUCUAGCAGACCCCAAGCUCCUCCCUGUGGAUCCAGCAUCCAGGAUGAGCCCAGCAAGCAGAGCUGGGCCCCAGGCAAGCAGCCUCCUGCUGGCAACACAGCUCAGGUCCCUGAGCCAAGAGACUGCAGAGGCUCUCCAGGAAGGUCUCCAGGCAGAGCCCCCCAGAAGGAGCAGUAUGCUUCCUCAGACCUGCAAGGAACAAACUCCAGAAAGCCAAAUGAUACAUCCAGAGAACAUUCUAAAGACCAAUCUGCCUGUGUCCACUUCAGACCCAGUGAAAGCAAUGAUGGAAACAGGCAUCCAGGAGUCUCCUCUGUUGAGAAGUCCAGAGGUGAGACAGCUACUGAUCAGCGGUGUGGAAAGGGGAAAGGCUUCUUGAAGCAGCCCUCCUGUAUCAGGGUGGCUGGCCCUGAUGAGAAAGGAGAGGACUCCAAUAGGGCAGCUGCAAGCCUUCCACAGCAGAAUGGCCCCUGGAAGCCCAGCAGGCAGCAUGACACAGCACCCAAAGCCAAAUGUGUCCCCCAGAGAAGACGCGUUCAAGAGCUCAAAGGAGGAAGGGGCUCCCCGGCUGGUUCUAGCCGACCUGGCAGUGCCAGGGGAGAGGUGGUCCAUGCUGGGCAGAAUCCUCUCCACCAUCGCACACCAAGAAACAAGAGGACACAGACCAAGCUGGCAGGAGGGGUCUGUUCAGAUUUGCCAUGGAGCACAGAGGAGUUGAGGUCGGGAUCCAGGAAGCUGGGGACAUCCACCCUGCCUGAGGACGUUCAGGUAUCUAAGGAGACUGAACUGGCACCUGGUUCCCUCUCUGGGCAGAGCAUGAAUAUUGACCUUCUCCCUGUAGAGCUCCGACUCCUGAUAAUCCAGCGAGAAAGAAGUAGGAAAGAGCUAUUCCGCAAAAAGAACAAGGCAGCAGUGAUCAUCCAGUGUGCCUGGCGAAGCUACCAGCUCAGGAAGCACCUGUCCCAUCUUCUACAUAUGAAGCAGCUUGGAGCUGGAGAUGGGGACAGAUGGAACCAAGAGUGUGCAGCACUGCUCCUCCAGGUUUGGAGGAAGGAACUGGAAUUUAAACUCCCAGAGACCAUCACAGUACACAAGACCCCCAAGAGUCCACCCAAGGGCAUCUCAGGCCCAAAGUCCACCAAGCACUCAGUGCUCAAGCAAAUCUAUGGUUGUUCUCAAGAAGGGAAAGUACAUCAUCCCACAAGAUCUUCAAAAGCCCCUUCUGCGCUGCAUCUCAAUUCAGUGAGCAACUUGCAGUGUAUACAUCUCCCUGAGAACAGUGGAAGAUCAAAGAACUUUUCUUAUAACCUGCAAUCAGCAACUAAAUCAAAAAACAAAACAAAGCUUCGACUGCCUGUGGAGGAAGACUGUGUACGGGGGAGCUGGAAAACCUAGUGCAGAGUUCUCUCUGCUGAUUAUCUCUUACAUUGUGGGAAAACUUUAAUAUCCAUGCCUGAAAACUUACUGGCCUAAAAAUGUAGUAAC